AUGAACCUCGCCUCCGACACGUACGACCAAGAUGCCUUCUCGGCAUCCUCUGCUCCUGCUGCGGGACCCACACAGCGCGCGCCAGCCGCCUCAGCACGGCCGUCGCGUGCGCUGCAUACCAACAUUGCUAUGAGCGCGACACCCGCUAUGGGCGUGAGCGCAUCGUUUUCAAGUCGAUACUCGAGCCGGAGCAGUUCCUUCACCCAUCAGCUACCCGGGAUAAAGUCCAACCCGUCCGCCUCCCAGGACUCCCUCCCAGACAGCAUGUUCUCUCCCCAUGUAUUCUCCGCGCCAUGCCCGAUCCCCCAGCAAUCAAACAAGCAUGAACGAUCGUUCCCGGAGCGCUCGCCUUCACCGCACACCCGGACAGCACCGCCGAGCACCGUCCCGGAGGCCAUGUCCGUUGGUAAAAGCCCAGGUUUGAUGCGAAGACUGUCGCGGGGUGCUUCCAACAGGUUGCGGCGCAGAGCAUCAACCACCCACUCUUUGCGAAUGCGUGACCAGAGCGCAGGUCCCGUUCUCGUUCGCCGUCGUAGCGACAGCAAUGGAGCCUCGGACUACGGCCAAGACGUCUCGGAUCUGGAUCUAGACAGCACCGCGGAGGACGUCGAAGAAGAUUCCAACUACACGUCUUCAAUCAGGACUUCAAUCCGGGAACGUCAGAAUGGUCUAGGCAUCAGUGUUGGCAGGCCCAACAUUCCAUUCAACACUUCUGGCAUUUUUGAGGGUGGUAUUGCGCCUACUACCUCAACUGUUCUGGAAAACGGUACCUGGCUCACCAAGGCAACCAAGGGUCACACCAAACGUAUCAAAUUGUGGUUGGACACUAAUACCGCAAGAGUGUGUUGGCACUCCUCAAAUCCGAGCAAAUCCUUUUUUGUAGACGAUGUCCGGGACGUUCGCGUUGGAGCGCAAUCCCGGAACACUCGCGACGAUGUGCAGAUCCCCGAGGAGCAAGAAGCGCGUUGGGUGACCAUUGUCUAUGAUGAGCCGGAGCGGUCGAAAGGGCGAACGAUCAAGACGAUGCAUGUCAUUAUGCCCGACGACUACAUUCUUAAGCUCUGGACAGACGCAUUGAGCAUUGUCAGCAAGGAUCGRUCGGAAAUCAUGAAUGCUCUUCAUCCGUCGCCUGAGAAAAGCGAGAAAAGCAUGACAAUGGCCUGGAGACGAGUCAUGGCACGAAAGCAACCAAACAGCGAACAACGCGUUCUGCUCGAUGAUGCUCGUUGGCUCUGCCGAAAUCUUGAGAUCAACUGUACAGACUCCGCAGUGAAGACCCAUUACAAGGCCGUCGCGAGCGAUGAAGCCGCAGGACUGGACCAUGAAGAAUACCGGAAUUUUGUGCGCUCAUUCCGAGACCGGAAAGAUCUUCAGAACAUUUAUAGAAACAUCAAGUUCGGCACAGAUCUUGACAUGGACCUGGCAACCUUCCUGGAGUUUUUGAGAGUUGAGCAAGCCAUCGAUGUCGUCAAAGAGCGCAGUUACUGGGAAAACGUAUUCGAAAGGUACUCGCGACCAACUAGCAAUCGGCCGGUCCUACCUGAUGCACCAGUCGUUCCUGGGCAGCGAUUCCUCAGCAUGCAGGGCUUCCAGAACUUCAUCUCUUCGUCACACAGUGCACCUGUGUCUGCUUCGAAGGGCGACCCCACCUUGGAUCGACCUCUCAAUGAGUACUUCAUUUCAAGCUCUCACAACACAUAUCUGUUGGGACGACAGGUGGCAGGCGUUUCCAGCGUGGAGGGCUACAUCGCUGCGCUUAUCAAAGGGUGUCGCUGCAUUGAGAUUGAUUGCUGGGACGGUGACAACGGCCGACCAAUGGUCACACACGGAAGGACCAUGACGACCAAGAUUCCAUUUGAGGAUUGCGUUUCUGUGAUCGCCAAGUUUGCGUUCAACAGCUCGCCGUACCCUCUUAUCGUCUCAUUGGAGGUGCACUGCUGCCCCGAACAACAGCUGGCCAUGGUUGAACUUAUGAAGACGUAUUUCAACACAAUGAUGGUCACCGAGCCGAUUGUCCCGAACUCCACCAGCUUGCCGUCUCCCGAUGAGCUCAAGAAUAGGAUUUUGGUCAAGGUCAAGGCCGCCGAGAAUCUCGAGCAGCCCAUGUUCGAUUCUGGCAAUGGCCGCAGCCGAGCGCGURGCCUGACUUCCACUUUCGUCCGCACCCCGUCUGGAGAUAAUCAGAGUACACUGUCCUCACCGAUGGUACCCAGCUCUGUCGCAACAAGUCCGUCAGAGUACAACGCUGCUUCCACGCCCCGGGGCUCUACCAUGACAACACCGAGCAGCUCUGCAGAUGACAGCGACGAGAUAGCUGCUUCGAUUGAAAGAAUGAAGAAGAACAACAAGACCAGCAGAAUCACUCCCGAGCUCGGAAAGCUCGGUGUCUAUUCUCAAGGCAUCAAGUUCGAUGGCUUCGGGGCGCCAGAUGCGCGCUCGUUCAACCAUGUUUACUCGUUCAAUGAGAACACAUUUGAGAAGCUUUGCAACAAGGAACCAGAGAACAACAAGCUGCUAUUGGAGAAGCACAACAUGCGAUACUUGAUGCGCGUCUAUCCUGGCGCGCGGAGAAUAGACUCGUCCAACUUCAACCCAUUGCAAUCGUGGCGUCGCGGAGUCCAAAUGGCGGCGCUAAAUUGGCAAACCUACGAUGUGCACCAGCAAGUCAAUGAAGCGAUGUUUGCUGGUCCAGACCGCAUAGGAUAUGUGCUCAAGCCUGAUGAGCUUCGGCAUGCCAAACACGUUCCGAUCGCCGAUACCAUCGCUGAGGCGCCGGAAACGAAGGAGAAGAAAGGCAAGAAGCUCGUAAAGUUCAGCGUUGAAAUCAUUUCAGCGCAGCGGUUGCCAAGGCCGCGGAGCCAGAGCACCGCCAGCGGGAUGAACACCUACAUUGAGUUUGAGAUGUUCACCGCGGACGACAAGGCGCGCGGCAUCGCAACUGGCGAGGGUGGCACUGAUGCGUCGGCACGUGACGGCAGUUCCGGCAUUGGCUCUCCGCUGAGAAAGCGAACGCGGAUCGUUGAGGGCAAUGGCUUUGACCCACAGUUCUAUCAGACGAUCAAUUUGACCGCCGAAACGAAGUUUCCCAGUCUGAUAUUCGUUCGGUGGACCGUGUGGCAUGCACCAGAAGCACGCCGGUCUACAUCGAACAACAGCAUCCUUCUCGCAUGCUUCACAGCCAAACUCAGCAGCCUACAACAAGGAUUCCGUCACCUCCCGCUAUUCAAUCCCCAAGGCGAACAAUAUCGCGACGCGAAACUGUUUGUCAAGAUCAAGAAGGAGGCACCACAACCGAUAGUUGUGGCGGACAACGCAUAUGGUAUCAUGGAUCAGUCCGCUCCAUCACCAAGAAUAGAAGGUCGCAGCAUGUGGCCCCGACGUAUGUUCAGUCGAAGCGGCAGUUUACAACGACGAAGAGACGGCAGUGAGGCUCCUGGAUUGAGUCGAACUUCGAGCACGCAACGACACAGAGAGGGCGACAUUCCCACGCCGGGCCAACUGAGUCGAACAUCGAGCAUGUCCAGCCGCUGA